GAAAACAGAGAUGGAGAGGAAAAGCGAGAGGACCAGCAGAGAGUGUGUGUCUUCAGAGAGACAUCAUCAGCCAUCAGUGUGUCUGUCUGACUCUGUCUGCUUGGAUUUUAUCAGUCCUCCACAUCAAGGAUCGCUACAAGAGUUGCUGACCAUCAUCGAUCCUCAAGUGUAGAUCCUCCACUUUGGAGAUACACCUUCUUUAUAGUUUCUUUUCCGUGUCUCUCUGUCAGAAUCUGUCCAUCGUUUUGUUUGUGUGUGUGAUUCUUGCUGUACUUAGUAUUUAUUCUACCUGGACUCCAUGUGGACAGUGAAGCACGCUCUCAGUCCUGGAAGAUGGGCAAUGUGUCAAAAACAGCCCUGUUUAUGUCCACCAUCUCCAGACAGCACGACAUCCUCAUGGGAUCACUUUAUUCAGUGUUUUGUAACAAGUUCUCAUCCAGUCAUGCUUGUGUGAUGGUGAUUGGAGUUUGGUGCUACGCCUCUGUGUUUGCUGUGGGACCUUUGGUUCACUGGGGGAGUUUUGGACCAGAACCGUAUGGAACCGCCUGUUGCAUCAACUGGUACACGCCAUCCCACGAUGCCCUUGCCAUGUCAUAUAUCAUCAGUCUGUUUAUCUUUUGUUACGUCGUCCCCUGUACCAUCAUCAUCCUCUCUUACACCUUCAUCCUGGUCACAGUCAGAGGGUCUCAGCAAGCCGUUCAGCAGCACGUAUCGCCACAAACCAAAGUGACCAACGCACACGCUCUUAUUGUCAAGCUCUCAGUGGCUGUAUGUAUUGGCUUCCUCACGGCUUGGAGCCCGUAUGCCAUUGUUGCCAUGUGGGCUGCUUUCAGCGCCAACGAGCAAGUCCCACCCACUGCCUUUGCACUUGCAGCUAUCAUGGCCAAAUCUUCCACCAUUUACAACCCCAUGGUGUAUCUCCUCUUCAAACCCAACUUUCGCAAAUCACUGAGUCAGGACACUCAAAUGUUCCGCCACAGGAUUUGUUUGAGCCAUAGCAAGGCCAGUCCUUCACCAGGAAUGAAAGACCAGGAGCGCCAGAGCUCUCAACAGUGCAACAAUAAAGAUGGCAGCAUCUCAACACCCUUUUCCAGCGGCCAGGCAGAGAGUUACGGGGCAUGUCACGUCUAUGCAGAAGCUGGACCACAUUAUCAGCAAAUAAGUCGCCAAAUAACUGCGCGUGUUCUGGAAGGAAGUGUCCAAAGUGAAAUACCAGUGAAACAACUGACAGAAAAAAUGCAAAAUGACCUCCUGUGAGAGAAACUGGAGAUAGAAGAAUGCCUGAAAUGUAAGGCAAGGAUGAUGUAACGUGUCAAAAACACAUCUGACCUUAAAUGGCCAAACAGAAGGACAGAGGAAACUGAAAAAUAUGGAAAAUAUUGUUGCCCAUGGAUUCUCACCGGUCCUUUCUCCAAUGCUUGAUGAACCAAAUCCAAAUGUAGAAUGCAUUUUCCUUAAGGCAAAUUGAAGGACUUUGAUUUUAUUUUCUGCCAAACUGCAGAAUUUUUAAACAGUUUUGAUUGUUUGAUUGUUUGUUUGUAUGUUUGAAAGCGGUUAUAUAAAAACGACUACAUAUCUUGUGUUAUUAUAUUGUGAAUAAAGUUUGUGAAU